AUGAGUCUUCUCAAAGAGCGGAAACCAAAAAAGCCACACUACAUCCCCAGGCCUCCAGGAAAGCCCUUCAAGUACAAGUGUUUCCAGUGUCCUUUCACUUGCAAUGAGAAGUCACACCUUUUCAACCACAUGAAGUACGGUCUCUGCAAGAACUCCAUCACUCUGGUGUCAGAGCAGGACCGCGUCCCUAAGUGCCCCAAAUCCAACUCCCUGGACCCCAAGCAAGCGAACCAGCCAGACGCGGCCGCAAAGCCCUCCUCCGCCCAGCCUGUCGCGAGCGGGCUCCCACACUUCGAUGCCAAGCUCCAGCAAAGCCUUGCCAAGGACGACGUGAAGGAAAACCUGGACCUGCACGCACGUGGGCCCCAAAGGUGCCCAGGACAGAAGCCUGCUCUCCACGAGGAAGCAGCUCCCCUGAGUCCAGCUCCAGAGGCCGGCAGGGGCACCCAGCCCGUUCUGGAAGGCAUCGCGCGGCCCUCGGCGUUUGUGCCGGUGGGAGAGCACAGACUGAAAGGGCCAGAACGCACGGGGGCUCCUGAGCUGCUGGCACUGCCCAACCCCACGGCCAAAGCCACCUCCUUCCACACCAAGUCUGCAUUCCAUGCUCCCGGCUACCCGUGGAAAGCCGGCUCACCUUUCCUCCCACCUGAGUUCACACACAAAAUCCCUUCUACAAAGGGGUUUGGUGCCAUUUCCCCUUACAUGCAGCCCGGGGUCCCAGAGUACUCACCACACUUUUACACAGAGCACGGACUGGCCACCAUCUACUCACCCUACCUACUCGCCGGGAGCUCACCCGAAUGCGAGGCCCCCCUGCUCUCCGUCUACGGGGCCCAAGACCAGAGGCACCUGCUGCCUCCCCCGGGACCAGUCCCGAAGCACUUGAACCCCCCCUCGGCAUAUGACCAUUACAGGUUCUUUCAGCAAUAUCAUUCCAACCUGCCAAUUCCUUAUGGGUUUUACAGACCAGAGUCUGCAUUCUCCUCCUACGGUCUCAGACUCCCACCCGUCGCGGGUAUUUCCAGAGAUCAAAGCUCUCACCUACUGGAAGAAGCCGCCCUGCUCUACCCAGCCUUGAGUCCAUCCAAGUCAAGUCCUUCCAGCACCCACAAAAAACACACCGAGUUUGAGAAGGACAGCCCAACUCCUGAGGCUAAAGAUUCCUCCAAAGACGGGCAAAGGGACACAGAGGGAACCAAAAUGAGCCCUCGAGCAGGCAGCGCAGCCACAGGCUCCCCAGGAAGGCCGAGUCCCACCAACUUCACACAGACAAGUCAGCCGUGUGCAGAGCUGAGCAGCCUCUCAGACAAGCCAACCUCCAGCGCCCUGGGAAGGCUUCAUCAGCCUGAACACAGCCUCACAGCCUUCAAGCCCGUCAAGAAAAGCACAGAGUGCCCACAUUCCCAAGCUCUGGAAAACAGAGACGAGUCUGCAAAAAGCCUUGACGCCAUGAACGGAGAUGCCCCAGCUGAGACGGGAAGUGCCUCUCGUUGUCCGGAGGCCACACCUUCCAGCCCAGAGGACAGCUCCCGGACAGCUCCGCUGAACCUCUCCAAGAAACCCGAGGCUAGAGCGGCCACGCGCAGCCCGGUGUACAAGGAAUAUGCGGAGCUGCAGGACAUGCCCCUGAACCUCUCGGUGAAGGACCCCUGCAACGUCCUGACCCGGCGACCUUCCCUCCACAGCCCACCGCGACAGGCAGAACCUGCCACCACAGCUGCUCACAACACAGAGAUGGGAAGUUCCGAAGAUGGGCCAGACCACACCCUGACAGACCCAACUGGCCUGGACGCUGCUGAGGGGCCAUCCACAGCCCCUGCUGUGAAGGCCCAGGACACGAGAGCAGUGGACAGCAGUGACGAGCAGAAGCAGACAGCGGCCGUGGCCCUCUGCCAACUGGCGGCCUACAGCCCGGGGAAUGUCCGGGUGAGCGACGGGGAGCCCACAGCCCCGGAGUCCACCUGCCAACAAGACGCGCCCACUCUCAGCACCACGGAGAGCCAGGAGGCUCAGUGUGACCUCAGACCCAGAGGGCAAAAGCGGACAAGUCCGAGGGAGGCUGGGAAGUCGCAGCAAGGAACUAAGAAGACGAAGCAGAGCGACACAGCCAGAGUGUUCACUCUUCGGAAAAGAACACGGGUGUCUUAG